UUACGUCUAUCUAAUUAUUCUUUAAAAUUACUCCAUGUAUAUUUCGCUCUUCCAAAAAAGGCAGUAAUAAAUGGACUUAUUUAUUAUUUUCUCUCAAAUGUAUUAAAUGAAUAUGUGAUGUGUUUAGCAUAUACAUAUAUCCUGUAUACAUGUCACACGACUUUUUAGAAAGUUCCACUUGCUGUAAUGCUUACUGAUAACAUUUUAUCAGUCAUUCAAGUAGCUUUCAAGCGUGUGAGAAUAGCGCCGAGCGCAAAGAGAUAAUAAACAUCUCCAGGUUGAGUUAGGUUGAUUGGAAGGAAUGUAUAACGCGUCACGCAGCAGUUGCGAGUUACACAGCCAACUCAUAAGAAAUGUGCUUGUAUUACUGUAUACAGUUUAGACGAAUAAUCCUAAGCUUAUAGGGUUUCAGAACGUGCGUUUAAUUACAUUCCUUCAAUUCAACGUGAGAAGUGCGCAAUACAGAUUAAUUAAAUUACUCAGCUCUUUGCCCAUAGAGAAUUAAUUAAGAGUAACGAUGUCUGACAAUCUUCCGGACAGCGUGAAUACUGGUGAGCAUGAAUAAAUGCUAGGAAGUAAACGAUUGUCCGAGCUCGGGAGAACGCUAACGCACGAGCACCUGGCUCUCGAUUUUCGAAAGUUUUACACACCACCGCCGAAGCACCUUAAACGUUUCCUCGAUGACUGUCCGUCUCUUCAGAAUAUCGGAUACAUUCGGCAGUAUCCAUACAGCAGUUUAUAUAAUUUGGAGUUUUACGACGGCGAUGCGGCAAAAGCUGUUUACAAAGACGUGGAAUUAUUCAAAGAAGCUGGUGGCGGAACCAUCGUGGAAAACAGUAGCCACGGUUUAAAACGCGAUAUUUCUUUAAUGACGAACGUUAGCCGAUCCCUCGGAGUUAACGUGAUUGCUGGAACUGGAUAUUACGUCGCGAGCACGCAAAACGCAACGACUUUAAGUAUGACCAAAGAAGGAAUAUACAACCUGAUGCGUGAAGAGUUGGAAGAGGGUUGUACAGAGUAUCCCGAUAUAAAGGCAGGAUUUAUCGGGGAAGUCGGCAGUACUUGGCCGAUCGAAGAUUUUGAAAAACGUGUCAUUUGCGCGACUGGCGAGCUCCAAGCUCAAUUACGUUGCUCCGUGAGCUUUCAUCCUGGAAGGGACGUAUCUGCGCCUAUGGAAAUAAUGAGAAUCUAUCAAGAGGCCGGUGGAGAUGCAAGCAGAGCCAUUAUGUCUCACAUAGAUCGUACGUUGAUAAAAAAGGAACAUCUUAUGGAAUUCGCUGAUGCUACCAAAUGUUACAUUCAAUUCGACCUGUUCGGUACCGAGUGCUCUUACUAUCAAUUGAAUCCGUCGGUCGAUAUGUUGUCAGAUGCACAACGUAUCAAACGUAUUGUACGACUAAAGGAAGAAGAAAAAUUGAAUCGAGUUCUCAUGAGUCACGAUAUACACACCAAACAUCGGCUGAUACAUUUCGGAGGACACGGAUACUCUCAUAUCGCUAAUAACAUCGUUCCAACCAUGAUAAACAAGGGUUUCACGAUGAAAGAUAUCGAAUUGAUAACAGUUGAAAAUCCUAAAAGAUGGCUCACCCGGAAAUAAUCUUCUGUUGCAAAUUACACUCUACUGCUUACAACUUAAUACUGCAUACAAUUAAAUUUAUUUUCAUGAAUAUUGAUUUUCUAUUAAUUAUAGACUAAUAGAAUACAUAUAGAAUAUCAAAUCUACCACAUAAUUACUUUUUCCCGUUUAGUGAUAAACAAUAAUAAAAAAUUGGUGUAACUUAAGGUAAUGAAAACUCGGUGUUUAAAGCUUGGUAAUAUUUCUUAUUUAUUUACAUGACACAUUCAGUAAUAAACAAUGCGAAAACGUUCGAAUAAAAUUUUACUUCGCAAGAAUAUGGAUCUCUGAAUGUCGAUUCGACAAAUGGGAAAGAUUCUCGAGAUAUGUCUUUUUCUUGCAAAAAUGUUUGCAAUUUGGUCCUGUUUCUUGUAUGCUUCUGCGACUAAUGAUGAUGAAUAACAAAAUGUUGCUAUAUGAUUCGAAUAAACAAAAACUUGCGAACCU